AUGGCCUUGUCCACGGGACAUGUCGCCAGCCAGUUACGGCACCUCAUCUACUACCAACUCGAUAAUAACCUAAUUCGCAACGCGCUAUUUCUCGCCGGCCGCCUCCAUGCCUUCGAACCGCGAUCCUACGAGGCGCAAUAUCUACUUGCGCUCUGUCACCUACACAAUGGCGAAGUGAAGGCUGCAUUUGAUUGCAGUCAGCCUUCAGGCUCUCUGGGCCUACAUGCUGGCUGCGCUUAUGUUUUCGCGCAAACUUGCUUGGAUCUGGAGAAAUACUUGGACGGUAUUACAGCUUUAGAUCGCAGCAAGCAUCUAUGGGCCACCAAGAAUCACUGGAACAAGCACAGCGAAACACAGCGACAACAUCUUCCGGAUGCCGCAGCCGUGUUUUGCUUACAGGGAAAGCUUUGGCACGCUCAUAAAGAUUUGAACAAAGCAGUUGACUGUUACGUGGAGGCACUUAAGCUGAACCCAUUCAUGUGGGACGCGUUCCUAGGACUUUGUGAAACGGGUGUCAACAUUCGAGUCCCCAAUAUCUAUCAACUUAGCCCAGAACUUCUCGCAAUAAUAUCCUCAUCGCCGGAUCAAACACCCGCAGUAUCAGACAACAUCCCCGUCGCAGAAGCUCUCCCUAUGCAGCCCCCUGUUAACCCCGCAUCCGAUCCUUUUAUGGUCCCUGCAUCCCGUGGCGAGGCCGAUGCCACAUUUGGAAGCUCCGCUCUCUGGGAAAAGCUGAAUGGCAGCUCCGUCACUGUGGCACAGCAAGUAUUCCAAGAUGGCAUGGAGACCCCAGGGGCACAGAGCAGUGGCUCUGAAGAGUUCCGCAUCGCGAAUGGUGUCACCGAUCCGGAAUCCACAUGGGAUGCACCCAUGGCUCCGGCCCGCAAGACACGCCCAACGCAGACCAUGAGCCUAGAUCAAAUCGGGCAAGCUCCACCUCGAAUGCGCCCAACAGGUAUCAGGCCCAGAAACAAAACAAGAACAGACCCAGAGGCCCACUCAACUGUCCCAAUGGAAAGAGAUCCUCUUCCUGCGCCCAGGUUUGGUGACCGCAAGCGCACAGUCUCUGGGCAAGUUGCCCACCCCCUCCUCCAUCACAACCGGUUGAACCAGGUGCUCCUCAGCGCCGAAGCUACGCUUACCGGCAAAGACGGCCGUGAAAUGAAGAAACUAAGGGCACAAUCGAGAGGACGAAUCGGAACUGCGCCCACAGUCGGCCGCGUUGUGAGUGGUAAUCGAAAGCCCAUGGAAGCACCCGACAAUGAUAGCAAGGACCAUCGUACUGGACCAAUGCCACCACAUCCUCCAGUACCUCCGUUGCCCAAAAACGCCGAGAAAACAAAAGAGCUCGAGGCUUUGAACUGGCUUCUGGGGCUGUUCAAUAAACUUGCAUGUGGACAUUUCGCAUUGAGUCGUUACAAGUCCGGAGAGGCUAUCAGCCAUUUCAAUACUCUCUCUCAAGGUCAGCGUGAGACCUCAUGGGUUCUUGCUCAGCUUGGACGGGCCCAUUUCGAGCAAGCGGGGUAUACAGAAGCUGCGAAAUAUUUCCACAGGGUUCAAACGUUGGCGCCCUCUCGCCAAGAAGACAUGGAAAUCUACUCAACUGUUUUAUGGCAUCUGAAAAACGAUGUUGAACUGGCCUACUUGGCACAUAAAUUGCUCGAAGCUGAUCGACUAUCACCUCAGGCAUGGUGUGCCAUUGGCAACUCUUUCUCCCACCAACGAGAUCACGAUCAAGCACUGAAGUGCUUCAAGCGCGCAACAAUGAUUGACCCUGGCUUCGCAUAUGCCUUCACUCUGCAAGGACAUGAGUAUGUCGCCAACGAGGAAUAUGAUAAGGCAUUGGAGGCCUACCGCAACGGCAUCAACGCCGACAAUCGACACUACAACGCUUGGUACGGACUGGGGACGGUGUACGAUAAGAUGGGCAAACUUGAUUUUGCUGAGCAGCACUUCCGCAACGCAGCUAGCAUCAACCCCACUAACGCGGUACUAAUUUGCUGCAUUGGUCUGGUUUUGGAAAAAAUGAACAACCCUCAGGAAGCCCUGGUCCACUACGGUAGAGCCUCCUCGUUGGCUCCACAAUCAGUUUUGGCCCGGUUCCGCAAGGCGCGCGUGCUAAUGAAGCUGCACGAAUUCAAAUUCGCUAUGGCAGAAUUGAAGAUUCUCAAGGAUAUGGCGCCGGAUGAAGCAAAUGUGCAUUACCUGCUGGGAAAGCUGUACAAAGUGCUCCAUGACAAGGCCAAUGCUAUCAAGCAUUUCACAGCGGCCUUGAACUUGGAUCCAAAAGCUGCACAAUACAUCAAGGACGCGAUGGAAUCCUUGGAUGAAGACGAGAUGGAGGAUGAGGACAUAGCGUAG